AUGAAGGCUCCGCAGGCUCCACGGACUCAUCGCAUGGGCGAGACUUGCGGCGGCGAGAUGGGUCAGACGUGUUAUUGCGGGCACGCCAGGUCCUUCGGCGCCGCGCGAGUGACCUCGGUCAGGUCGCACGUGCGCUUAAAGCUCAUCCCGCAUUGCUGCUUAUGGUUCAUCGCCGUGCCUUUGCUCAUCGGCGUCGACGGCAGUCCGGACGCCAAGCGGCUCUACGACGACCUCCUGUCCGCUUACAACCGGCUCAUCCGCCCCGUCGGCAACAGCACAGACCGCCUCACUGUCAAGAUGGGGCUCAAACUUUCCCAAUUAAUUGAAGUGAACCUCAAGAAUCAAAUAAUGACGACGAACGUAUGGGUCGAGCAGGAGUGGGAGGACUACAAGUUGACGUGGGAGCCGAGCGACUACGGCGGAGUGCAGACCCUCUACGUGCCGUCGGAAAACAUAUGGCUUCCAGAUAUUGUUUUGUACAACAAUGCGGACGGGAACUACGAAGUAACGAUUAUGACGAAGGCAGUUCUUCACUACUCGGGUAAAGUGACAUGGAAGCCGCCCGCCAUCUACAAGUCUUCGUGUGAGAUGGACGUGGAGUAUUUCCCGUUCGACGAACAGCGGUGUAACCUCAAGUUCGGCUCUUGGACUUACGACGGUUAUUUGGUCGACUUGCGGCACAUCAACCAGGCACCCGACAGCAACGAAAUCGAGAUUGGGAUCGACCUGAAAGAGUACUACAUUUCAGUGGAGUGGGACAUCAUGACAGUCCCAGCAGUGAGGAACGAGAAGUUCUACCCGUGCUGCGAAGAGCCAUACCCAGAUAUCAUCUUCUACUUGACGCUGAGGAGGAAAACGCUGUUCUACACUGUGAACUUGAUCAUCCCUUGCGUGGGGAUCUCGUUCUUGUCCGUACUGGUGUUUUACCUGCCGUCGGAUUCGGGCGAAAAAGUCUCGCUCUGUAUUUCGAUCCUGCUGUCACUGACAGUGUUUUUCCUCUUGCUGGCGGAAAUUAUUCCACCCACGUCACUGACGGUACCGCUGCUGGGAAAAUACCUCUUGUUCACGAUGACGCUGAUCACGUUCUCCGUGGUCGCCACUAUCGGCGUGCUGAACGUUAACUUCCGGUCCCCGUCCACGCACCGGAUGGCGCCCUGGGUCAAGGUGGUGUUCAUCGAGUUCCUGCCGCGCGUUCUGUGCAUUCAACGGCCCGACGCCGAAGACCAGAAGCGGCGUUUGAGCCUGGAGCUCAAGGAAGCCAUCCGGUUCGAGAAGGGCUUUUCCCGCUGGGACUUCCGGUUAGACGCCUGCCCCGCCACUACGGCGUCGGCGGCCGCCGCGUCCGUGUCGCACGUGGACAGCGGCCACUUCACCUUCAGUCUUCCAAAAUCCGAUGACGACUACCGCUCGAACGUCGGCAGCAUGCCCGUUGACCUCAGCCCGCUCAGGGAGUUCCGGCAUUCGCCCGAAAUCGAGAGGACCAUUUCCAGUGUCCAGUUUAUUGCUCAGCACAUGAAAAACAUGGAUCGCUUCGGAAACGUGAGUCACUUUCCUCUCGAUACUGAUGCCAUUUCUCUCCUUCCUUCCCACUUCUGUAUAUAG